AUGCGCCCGCUGUCGACCCUGGUCGCCUACGUGCACCGCAAGACGGCCUCGUGGAGCACUCUCGACUGGGACGACGCCCGACCGCGGUCCACGGCCCCCUCGGACGCCAGCGACGAGACGCUCCUUGGCGCCGACGACCUCGAGAAGGGCCCGCCCGACUCGGCCGCAGGCUCGCCCAUGCUCUUCCCGCCGCCGCCGAGCGGGUCCUGGCGUCCACGAGCCGGCCGCGACAAGGUCGGACCCGGUUCGUCGCCGCCGCCGCCGUGGCGGGGCUGGGCUCGACUCGCCGCCGUCCUCGUCGUCGGCUUCGUCGUCGGGCAGUACGUGUCGAGCGGCAAGAGCGGGAGCGGCGAGCUGAGAGGCGACGUGCGCGAGGGCCUGUGGAGCGAGUACGGCAACGACGAGCCGAGCGUCGUCGGGACCAAGAGCAUCGACCUGUCGCUCCCCGUGUGCGAGCGCACGAUGCUCAUCGACUGGUCGACGUUCGGGUACGGCUUUGGCUCGACGGCCGUCAGCGUCAUGCAGUCGGCGACGUUCGCCAAGAUGCACGGCUACACGCUCCUGUUCUCGCGCGGCGCCAACUCGUACGGCUCGUACUUCGACUACUUCGAGCCGGCCGUCCCGAGCGACUGCCGCAUUCCCGAGGAGCUGCAUCAGCCCGACUACUACCGUCAAGAAGACGGCAAGACGGCCUCGCUGAGCAAGGUCGCAGACGAGCGCCCGCCAAAGCUCGAAGGGAUCCAGCGCAUCCUCGCCGGCAGCGACGGAAUCUAUCCGAUCAACUCGUACAUCCGCGACACGACGUUCACCAUGGACACGCUCGAGACGCUCCCUGCGCUCGACUCCUCGCGCCCCAAGCCCGGUCCCGACCUCGUCCCCGAGAUCUUCCGUCAGCGCUUUGCCCAGUGGUCGGCCCUCACCCACGAGCACUUCUCGUUCAACGCCGUCCUCCAGGCCAAGCUCGAGCGCACCCUGUGGGAGCUCAAGCUCGAGCGGCCCCGGACCCAGCCGGUCGUCGGAGUGCACUGGCGAGGCGGCGACAAGCUGCGGGACGAGUGCCGGUCGUCGUCGCAGAUGAGCUGCGGCAACGUCACGCUCCACUGCGAGAACGCGUACGACACGCUCGAGACCGUCGCGAGCGACUACCCGUCGUUCGACCGCGCGACCUCCAAGGCGCGGCUCCUCCUCAUGACGACCGAGCCCGACGCUCUCGCGCUCUUCCAGGCCCACCCGCUCUGCACCGCGCACUUCGACAUCAGCGAGCUCGACCGCGGCGGGUCGGGCAAGGCGUUCCUGCAGGACGACUUCCGCCACCUGUCCGAGGACGACCGCCGCGACGACACGCAGCGCAUGCUCGUCCAGACCGAGAUCAUGGCCAACUGGGUCGACGCCGCCGUCAUGAGCGCCAACUCGAACACGGGCAGGGCCCUUAUCCUCCUUCGCGGCGGACCGGCGCGCGCCGUCGACGAGUACCGCCUGCGCAGCGUCGACUUGUACUGGCACCCUGUCCAGUUCCCGCCCUUCAAGGGUCGGUGCGACGGCACCUGGGGCGGCUGCUGGCCCGAGUGAGCUCCGCCGCCCGGACCUCUCCCUGCACCCUCAGUCUGUGCAGGUAGACCCUCUCCUAUAUAUCCACCUGCCUCGCUCGCUCGAGCUGUUGCUGUAGAACAUCUCGCACCCUUAUCGUUCCUCGUUCCUCGUUCCUCUCGUUUCGCAAGCAGACACUCGCAAUCUCUCUCUUCCUCGUC